AUGGAACCAGAAAACCAAACCGAAAUCUCAGAAUUCUUCCUCCAGGGACUCUCAGAAAAGCCAGAGCAUCAGACCUUCCUCUUCACAAUGUUCCUCUCCACAUAUGUGGUCACCAUCAUCGGAAAUGUCCUCAUUAUCCUGGCCUUCCUCACGGACUUUCGCCUCCACACACCCAUGUGCUUCUUCCUGUCCAACCUGUGAUCCUCCACCACCAUCCCCAAGAUGCUAGUGAACUCCAUCAGAACUCAGAGCAGAGCCAUCCCCUUAGAGGGCUGCACCCAGAUGUACACCUCCCACCUGUUCAGGACCAUGGACAGCUUUCUCCUGGCAGUAUUGGCCAUUGACCACUUCGGCAUUGUCCAGCUGCUCCAUUACUUGGUCCUCAUGUGCCGUGUCUGUGGGCUGCUGCUGGGGGCACCGUGGGUGAUCACCAACAUCCAGUCUCUCGUACACACCUGCCUCAUGGCUCAACUGACCUUCUGUGCCGGCUCCAAAGUCUCCCACUUCUUCUGUGACCUCACGCCCCUGCUGAAGCUCUCCUGCUCAGACACGCACACCAAUGAGCUGGUGAUCUUGGCUUCUGGUGUCGUCAUGGGCAGCCCACUCUCCUGCAUCCUUCUCUCCUACAUCCGCAUUUUCUGGACAGUCUUUAAGAUCCCUUCUGCUCGGGGCAAGUGGAAAGCCUUAUCCACCUGUGGCUCACACCUCACUGUGGUGUCCCUGUUCUAUGGGACCAUCUUUGCUGUGUACUUACAGCCCGCAUCCCCCAGCUCCUCCCAGAAGGACAAGGCAGCUGCCCUCAUGUGUGAGGUGAGCAUCCCCAUGCAACCCUUUAUCUACAGCCUACAGAACAAGGACAUGAAGAGGCCCUGGGGAAGCUCAUCAGCAAAGCGGCCGUCCCCCUGUCAUACGGCAGAACAGUUACUGGAUGCUUAUCAUGUUCCAGGAUCACUGUUGGGUGCUAGGGACACAAAGAGCAUCCCAUCCCCUAGCUGGGAAUACAGACAAAGAAUAAAUCCUUCCAGUACAACGUGGUAA